AUGACAUCAGAUGAAAUUUCCGACGGUUACUUCUUAUUAUCAGUCACUGGACAAAUUGAAAAGGCGGAUUUUCCAUUACAUGAUUACAUCUGGUGCAAGUACUGUUUCGUAUAUGGUCAAGAUUGGAUUAAAGUUGCAGGAGUAGAUGAAGGGAUGACACAGACAUCCAUCAAGGGCUUUCGGUGUAAUCAAGAGAACAAUUUGAAUUUCCCUAUUGAUAUUUCUUGGAAAUCUACAAACCCUUUUGGUUGGCCCCAGAUAGUUCUUCACGCUUAUGGGGUUGAUGUCUUUGGAAAAGAUGUUAUUAGAGGAUACGGAGCAGUGCACAUUCCAAUGAAAAUUGGUAGCCACCGAAGAAGAGUAGCUAUGUUUGUACCACAGUCAUCUUCAAAACUGAUGAAGCUGAACGCUUGGUUGACAGGGAAAAGACCAGAAUUCCUUAAUCCAAAAGUUAUAGCCAGUGGUGAUGGCCGUGGAGUAACAAAGGUUCAAACUCAAGGAUUUGUAGAUAUUGUAUUCAAUAUUGCUGUGAAGAAUUUACAAAAUUUGGGUUAUACAAAUGAUAAGAAUAGAGAGAGCCUGCAAGAGGAUUUAUUGAUGUUAGUCAAUACGGAUCCGGUUUAA